AUGUCGCCACCGCCAUCAACCUGCGAUAUCCGGAUGAUAGGAAGCGGCAACGCAGGCUUCUCCGCUGCCCUCUCAGCAACCCAGCCCAACCCAACCGUCCAUAUAAUGAUAAUCGGCAAAGGCCAGGCCACCUUGGCUGGUGGCAACAUCUACUUCACAGCAGGAGCCUUUCACACCACGCACAGAGGCCUAUCAGACCUUCUCCCGCUGGUGAACAACGCUCCACCCGAGCUAGCCGGUCGUAUUGAUAUACCGACUUUGUCUUUCAGCCGACAAGCAUACGAAGUCGACGGCAGAUUCAAGUUCUGGGGUGGUCUCGCUCUCAGAACAGAAGAUGGAGGGAAAGGUCUUGUACAAGUAUUCUUCAAUACAGCAGCCAACGCCCUCCUCACAGAUCCACAAACCGGCACUAUAACAGGCGUCGAAGCUGUAAGGGUUACUUCUGGUAUCACUUUUACGUUUGGUGGCUUGGCUGUGAACCCUGAGACGGCGGCUAUGGUUUCUGGGACUACCGGGGCUGAGGUUCCAGGGUUGUACUGCGUCGGGGAGAUGCUUGGUGGUAUCUUUUAUGAUAACUAUCCCGGUGGCAGCGGGUUGACUUCCGGUACUGUGUUUGGUCGUUGGGCUGGACGAACUGCUGCUGAGGGAGUCGCAUACGAGGAAUAG